AUGAGGCUCAUCAUCCGCGACGAUGCCGAGGCCGCCAGUGCCUACGUAGCCAACUACGUCGUCGACCGGAUCAAGCACUUCAACCCUACCCCGGCGCAUCCCUUCGUUCUCGGCCUGCCGACGGGAAGCAGCCCUCUUGGCGUAUACAAGAUCCUUGUUCAAAAGUACAAGGCUGGAGAGAUCUCCUUUGAAAAUGUCAUCACCUUCAACAUGGACGAAUACGUCGGCAUCCCGCGCGACCACCCAGAAUCAUACCACUCCUUCAUGUGGAAGCACCUCUUCUCCCACGUAAACAUCCACCCCCAAAACGUCAACAUCCUCAACGGCCUAAACCCAAACCUGGAAUCCGAGUGCGUCGCCUACGAGGCUAAAAUCAAAGCCGUCGGCGGCAUCGACCUCUUCCUCGCCGGUAUUGGCGAGGACGGCCACAUCGCCUUCAACGAACCCGGCUCCAGCCUCGCCUCCCGCACCCGCGUUAAGACACUCGCCUACGACACCAUCCUCGCCAACUCGCGCUUCUUCAACAACGAUGUCAACCAGGUCCCGAAGCUCGCCUUGACGGUCGGCGUCCAGACCGUCCUCGAGGCCCGCGAAGUCGUCGCCAUCAUCCUCGGCGCUAAGAAGGCGCUCGCGCUGCAGCGAUGCAUCGAGCAGGGGGUCAACCACAUGUGGACGCUGUCCAGCCUCCAGCUGCACCCGCACCCGAUGAUCGUCGUGGAUGAAGACGCGACACUCGAACUGCAGGUCAAGACGGUCAAGUACUUCAAGAGCAUCGAAAAAGUCGCAAAAGAACAAGGCUUCGAACAGAUCCUCCCUUCCAAGAUCCGCACGGGACCGAGCCCCCCACCCAUCCCCGUAACCCGCCUCCACGAGGUCGACACCCCGACGAUCCUGCACCCGCAACCCACCACAUCGCGGUUGCUCCGCGCCUCCCCGGCGACAGAGUACCCCCUCCGCUCGACGUCGCCCGAUAUUGAGCUCGUUUUCGAGAGCAUGUCCUCCCGCACAAAGUCUCCCUCGGAGCAGCAGCUCCGUGCCGUCACGCCAGAUCUCGUCACCGACAGGAUGGCCAACCGGAUCCCGGAGCAGCCUGCUCUCGCGGGACGCCUGACACCGAAUCCCGAGCAGCAGCAGCAGACAUCCAUCAGCAGAUCGGCCACCCCGGAGCUGGUGCCCGAUCGCAUGGCCUCCCGCAUCCCUGAGCCGGCACUCGCGCGGCGUCUGACGCCAAACCCGGAGCAGCAGAUGAUGUCACGGGUCAAUGCUGUCGGUGCUUGA